GUGGUCUAACAUUCAUCGAUUCAUGAUCUCAAUCAAGAACUUAACAAUCUCUACAACCCCACACUGAUUAUUGAGAUAUGUUGGUGUUCUCAAUCUUCUUUAAAGCUGAACACAUAAUAAUGCCUGAUUGGAUAAUACAGUAAUUGCCGGUAAAAACUCUAAAACACAAAUCCAUAAUUUGAAAAAUCAAUAAACGGUAUAGCUUUUAACGAAAAUUCCUAAUCUUAAAUAAGAUAUUGUACUAAACAACCUUUAGUAAAUGACGUCUUUAUUUAAGUAUCGCUUUGCUUUAGUUUACUACAUUGCCUAAUAUCUCAAUCAAUCAGCAGGCCAUCACAAUGCAGAAUAACGAACAGGAUGAAGAUAUCGUUAUAUGGACAAAAUCACUACAUAAAUCAAUAAAUAGUCUAAAUAUUCAUCAACUGGAAGAUAUUUUAAUCAAAUUAAACACAACAAAGGGACUGGAAUUUACAAAAAAUGUCAUAAAUCAUUCGAUUAAUGGAGAAAAUUCAGUUUAUGUCGCUGUAGAAGCUGGAUUUGAUCAGGCGGUUACACAACUCUUGAAUACAGAUAUGGUGAAUAUUAUCCAAAGAAAUCCUCAAAAUAAUUGGACAAGUCUACAUCUGGCUUGUCAUUUGGGACUGGCAACAAUAGUCAAAUCACUUUUAAAUUGUAACACAUCCAAUAAAUUCAUACGAAUAAAUGAACUGCAUCAGUUAAUAUGUAUGCAAACAACUGAAACUGAAUCAACUAGUCAAGGCACAGCUUUACAUUUGGCGGUUUAUUCCAAAAAUAUAGAAACAGUAAACCAACUAUUACAUGACAUUGAUCUAAUAAGUAAAUGUUAUGAAAGUCAGUGCAUUGAGAAUGGGAAGCAACCUAAAGAAGCGAUGAAUUCUAAGGGGAAGUUAUUGGACGAAUUCUGUGUACUGACAGAUAAAAAUGGAAAUACGGCACUACAUUGUGCAGUAAUGGAUAAACUUUACGAUAUAGUAAACACAAUCUGUAAAUAUCAUAACAAAUCCAUUCGUUUACCCAAUAAACAUGGUUAUACAUGUAUUUAUUUAGCUAAAAAUAUAUUAAAAGAUGUAAAAAUGGUAUCAUUAUUAAUUAAAUAUUCAACUUCAUCAAUAACUUCAAGUAAUCCUGGACACCAUUCAUUUAAACAAAAUAGUUUAAUUAAAAGUGCAAGAGUUUCAUGUAUGAAUCAGUUAAAUAAAAAAGAUAAUAAGAAAUCACGUUCUAAUCUUAUUAAAAAAUCAGAAAAUAAUGGUAAUUAUAAGAAAUUUAAAAAAUUUAAAUAUCCAUUGAAUCAUUUAACAAUUGAUCAAUUAAACAAGAAUUUGAAUUCUAAGUAUAUAAUUACUACUAAUAAUAAUAAGAAGAAAUGGUAUGCCUAUUCAUAUGAAGAUGAAGAGAGUCAUUCUGUUCGUACAUUAUCUACAAAAAUUUCAUAUUUAUCAAUGCAACAAAAAAAUUUGAAUGAACGUGAAUUCAAUAGAAAUUCUCGUCAAAAUAUUGAACAAAGUCAUAUUGAGAAUAUCUAUUGUGGACAAAAUAGAAAUAACUCAAUACAAUAUAAUGGCUCAAAUGAACCAUGUCUUGCUACUUGCAAAAAUAAUAUUCCUUUCGCUACUACACUACAAAAUAACCUGAUAUUACAGCCUGAAAAUAUUGAUCAACUGGCUCAUCAACAGAAAAAAGAGUCUGAAGACAAAAAUAUUUGUCAAUUAAUUAUUGAUAACAAUAAUAAUAUAACCAAUAAAAUGGAAACGGAUCCACUUACUACUACUACCACUACUACUAAUACUAUCAAUAAUAAUAAUAGUAAUAAUAAUGACGAAGAUGAUUCUGAAGAUUAUUACAAGAUGAACAGUACAAGAAAAGGCAUUUGUUUAAUCAUUAAUAACAUGAUGUUUUGGCACUCAGAUUUCCAGAACCGUUCUGGGUGUGAUAUUGAUGAGAAGAGCUUGGAAAAUGUUUUCGGAUCAUUUAAUUUUCUGGUGAAAUUACUUCGUAAUCUAUCAGCUGGAGAAAUACAAGCUCAACUGGAACACUUAGGAAAGAAAACAAAUCAUCAUGAAUAUGAUUGUCUAGUAAUAUGUCUAAUGUCGCAUGGAACUAUUGGUCGUAUAUAUGGAGUUGAUGGAAAUUCUUUAUCAAUACAUGAAUUAACUUCCAUAUUUACAGCUGAUAAUUGUCCUUCUCUAGCUGGUAAGCCGAAAUUAUUCUUUAUUCAAGCAUGUCGUGGUGAAGACUACCAAAAAGGCUAUGUUAUACAGAAACAAUCAAAUGAAAUUACUCAAACUAACAAUGAUAUAACUAAUCAAGAGGAUGAUGUUGAUAAUUUUAUCCAACAUCCGUCAUCAAAUUUAAACCUGAGAUUAUCGGUUUCCGAUGCAAAAUUUAUCGGUUUCAAAUUGGAUAAUUUACUCCAAAAUCCUAUACCACUUCAUCAAAUGAACAAUGUACAGUUAAUUCCCACUUAUGCUGACUUUUUACUAAGUUAUGCAACUGUUGCUGGUUUUCGUGCACAAAGAGAUCCAACCGGUGGUACUGUUUAUAUUCAGGCAUUAUGUAAACGAUUAUAUAACGGAUUACAAAAUGAAAGUAUUCUUGAUAUAGUUACAGCUGUACAUCGUGAAGUUAGUAAACAGCUAUAUCAAGAGACAUCUUGUCAGUUAAUGAAAACAAAUGGUGAAUUAUUUCUUCAAAUUCCAGAAGUUAGACAUACACUAACAAAGAAAGUUUGUUUUAAACGAUAAAACAUGGAAUACAGUUUUCGAAAUUAUUGAUUUCUAUUUACUUAAAAUCA